AUGAAGGAUGAUAAUGUAUCAUGGGUGAACAACGAUGCCAAUGUCAUUACGGAUAGCGAGGCGGAGUUAGUGAAGCAGGAGGUCUUGGACGGGGUGAAGGAGUGGAUAGAUACGAGGAAUGUCAGCAAGUACAGCGCACCAAGGGAUGCGGGCCUCAAGAGAGAGAGGCUGGCCCCGGCGGCCCCAGUCCCGGCCCUGGCCCCGGCCCCGACCACGGCCUCGGCCUCGGCUCUGGAUCAGGCCUACGGCAUUGCGAAGACCAACACGCUAUUGUUCUUCACAGGCAAGUCGUCAUCGACUGGUAAGGACUCCGUUUUCGGCGUGGACCAGUACGGCGGGCCCGUCUUCAACGUGGCGCCGGGGCUCAGCAAGCCGCGCGGGCUGGCGUGGGACGGGGACAACACGAUGUACGUGGCCGACGAGGGCAAGAACCACGUCUGGUCGAUGCCCGCUGGCCGCCUCGUGGCGUCCGCACCGGUGAGCAAGGUCGUAGAGUUCUCGGGGGCGUACGGGGUGGCGCUGAUCUCCAGGGGCGACCCGGGCUUCACGCUGAUGACCGGUGCUUCGGCGUUCACCGCCGUCCUCGCCCCCGCGCUCCAGCUGAUGCUUGUCGCGCUGACCGCCGCAGGCCUGCGAGCAGCCUAA